CCAACUUUCAACCAUCACCUCUCCACUCCCAUCCGAAGUCGCCCUUAAUCAUCUGUGAAGAUGUUCAAGAGCGGCAUUUCCUCCUUCGCCCGGGCGGCUCGCCCUUCCUUUGCGGCGACCGCUCCUCGCGCCAUCAGACCUUCAGCCUUCAGAUUCCCUGCCUCCAGCAGAUUCGCCAGCACUUCCGGUGUCGGUGAUGGAAAGAUCUACCAGGUCAUUGGUGCCGUCGUCGACGUCAAGUUCGACACCGCCAAGCUCCCUGCCAUUCUGAACGCCCUCGAGACGACAAACAACGACCAGAAGCUGGUUCUUGAGGUCGCGCAACACUUGGGUGAGAAUGUCGUCCGCUGCAUUGCCAUGGACGGUACCGAAGGUCUCGUCCGUGGCCGCCCUGCCACCGACACUGGUGCCCCCAUCACCAUUCCCGUCGGUCCCGCGACUCUUGGCCGUAUCAUUAACGUCACUGGUGACCCCAUUGACGAGCGUGGCCCCAUCAAGACCGACAAGCGCCUUCCCAUUCACUCCGAGCCCCCUGAGUUCAUCGACCAGUCCACCACCGCCGAGGUUCUCGUCACUGGUAUCAAGGUCGUCGAUCUCCUCGCUCCCUACGCUCGUGGUGGAAAGAUUGGUCUCUUCGGUGGUGCCGGUGUCGGCAAGACCGUCUUCAUUCAGGAGUUGAUCAACAACAUCGCCAAGGCCCACGGUGGUUACUCCGUCUUCACUGGUGUCGGUGAGCGUACCCGUGAGGGUAACGAUCUGUACCACGAGAUGCAGGAGACUUCCGUCAUUCAGCUUGACGGCGAGUCCAAGGUCGCCUUGGUGUUCGGUCAGAUGAACGAGCCCCCAGGUGCCCGUGCCCGUGUUGCCCUGACUGGUCUUACCAUUGCCGAGUACUUCCGUGACGAGGAGGGACAGGAUGUGUUGCUCUUCAUUGACAACAUUUUCCGUUUCACCCAGGCCGGUUCCGAGGUGUCUGCCCUUCUGGGUCGUAUCCCCUCUGCCGUCGGUUACCAGCCCACCCUCGCCAUCGACAUGGGUGGUAUGCAGGAGCGUAUUACCACCACCAAGAAGGGUUCCAUUACUUCCGUCCAGGCCGUCUACGUCCCUGCUGACGAUUUGACUGAUCCCGCCCCCGCCACCACCUUCGCUCACUUGGACGCCACCACUGUCUUGUCCCGUGGUAUCUCCGAGUUGGGUAUCUACCCCGCUGUCGACCCUCUUGACUCCAAGUCUCGUAUGCUGGACCCCCGUAUUGUCGGCCAGGACCACUACGACACCGCCACCCGCGUCCAGCAGAUUCUUCAGGAGUACAAGUCUCUCCAGGAUAUCAUUGCCAUUCUUGGUAUGGACGAACUUUCUGAGGCUGACAAGCUCACUGUCGAGCGUGCCCGUAAGAUCCAGCGUUUCCUGUCCCAGCCCUUCACCGUCGCCCAGGUUUUCACUGGUAUCGAGGGUAAGCUGGUCGACCUGAAGGAGACCAUUGCCUCCUUCAAGGCCAUUCUCUCUGGUGAGGGUGACAACCUUCCCGAGGGUGCCUUCUACAUGGUCGGUGACUUUGCCUCGGCCAAGGAGAAGGGUGAGAAGAUUCUGGCGGAUUUGGAGAAGAACUAAACGAUUCGCGACGAAAAAUACCAAAUGACGUCGAGAGUUGGGGCGUUGAAGCCUGUGUAUAGAAGAGGAACGAUGGAACGGGGAGGUUUCUUAGCUCAAUCCAAGUCUCUUUUGUGAGCUGUGUACCAAGAAAUCUACUUAAUUCCUCUUGUAGUUGAGAGAAUCUCCUUAUUUCUUCA